CCGCGGGGUUUGAUUAAUACUGGAAACAUGUGCUUCAUCAACACCAUCCUUCAGACCCUCGCAUACUGUCCACCGUUCACCGAUCUCCUCGAGACCUUGGGUCAGCGUCUGAAAGCCGAUCUCGGCCGCAAAACUCCCCUCCUCGAAUCCGUCAUUGUAUUCCUGCGCGAACUUCAGCCCAGCGGGUCUGCACUGCCGCUGAAUGAUGCGUUCGUGCCGGAGAAUGUGUAUGAUGCGAUGAAGGAGAACAAGCGGUUUGAUUCUAUGCGCCGCGGCUUCCAGGAAGACGCAGAAGAGUACCUCGGAUUCUUCCUGAAUACUCUGCACGAAGAACUACUUUACCUCUUAUCUCGCACCCACACUCGCUCCACUGCUCAGGCCAACGGUACGCCCUCCUCGGAAGGCCGAGAACACUCCAUCGAGCGCCCCCUCUCCCCCUCCGCCCAGGCCGACUCGGGCGGCGCCUCCGCAUGGCUCGAAGUCGGCAAGAAACAACGCACCCACGUCGUCCGAUCCAACGAAGCGCGCGAAUCAGCCAUCACGCGGAUCUUUGGCGGAACACUCCGCUCCAUCCUCCACAUCCCCGGCGCAAAAGACAGCGUCACGCUCGAGCCGUACCAACCUCUCCAGCUCGACAUUUCCGAUCCCGCCAGCACCAUGAGUGUGGUGGAUGCCCUCCGGCAUCUGAGUACGCCCGAGACGGUGCAGACGUGGUCGGCUGCCAAGAAGGAGAAUGUGGAUGCGACCAAGACGGUGUUUGUCGAGACGUGGCCGGCGGUGUUGAUUUGCCAUUUGAAGAGGUUUGUGUAUGAUGCCGAGGAGAGGGAGGUGGUUAAGAAGUCGAGGGCGGUGGCGUAUGGGACGGAGUUGAUCGUGCCGAAUGAGAUAAUAUCACCGACAAAACGAUCCUCUGUUCCUGUCAAAUAUAGACUUUUCGGCGUCGUCUAUCACCAUGGCUCUACUGCCGGCGGAGGACACUACACCGUCGCCGUCUCUCGGCAAGACCACCAACAGUGGAUUCAUUUCGACGACGAAACGGUCCAGCCGGUCCCGACGGACCAAGUUGUCGUUUCGCCCGAAGAGGCCGAGAGUGGCCGGGCGGGGUUGAUUGGUGGAAGGGAAAAGUGCGCGUAUCUCUUGUUUUAUCAGCGGGUUAGAGCUUAG